GACACGUGAAGGCAUCAUCAUCGUCAUAAGCUCACUGGGUGGACCUGCGUUCAUGUGCACAUUACAUUUAAACAGUUACUGUAAUGUGGUGAAGAUUAAAACACGUUGGACGAGUGUUACGUGCUGAGCUAGUUGUGCUUGGGAGCAGCAGGUGGGAGAAUGGCAGGCCUGUGGAGAUCCUACCAAGUCUUGAUGACCAAAUACCCCUGGACAGUACAGUUAGUGACCGCUGGGUCUCUAGUGGGUGUCGGUGAUGUCAUCUCCCAACAGCUGAUUGAGAGGAGAGGAUUGGCCGAUCACAACGUGCGGCGCACGGCCAAGAUGAUGGGCAUCGGUUUCUUCUUUGUGGGUCCAGUAAUCGGCAGUUGGUACAAAGUGUUGGACCGGCUGGUGGUUGGAGGAACAAAAAGUGCUGCCAUGAAGAAGAUGCUGGUUGACCAGCUGUGCUUCGCUCCGGGUUUCCUGGGAGCCUUUCUCUGCAUCUCCGGCGCUCUGAACGGCCUGACGCUGGAGGAGAACGUCACCAAGCUCAAGCGGGACUACACAGAUGCUCUGAUCGCUAAUUACUACCUUUGGCCUCCAGUCCAGAUCGCCAAUUUCUACUUCAUUCCACUCCACUACAGGCUGCCUGUGGUCCAGAUCGUCGCUGUCACUUGGAACUCCUACCUGACGUGGAAGGCCAACAAGAUGUGAGCAAUCAUCACAAGUCCGGCCUGUCGUCGACGACGAUGAUGAUGAUGAUGAUGAUGAUUAUAAUGAUUCUACACUCAUUUGUAGUGUGUGUGUGUGUGUGAGUGAUGGGGUCCAUUCUGGUCCAACUUACUUCUGGUGUUUCCAAUGUGUAAAACUGUGACUCACUCACUUGUAAAGGUCGGGAGGAAGCGCUCGUCUACUCUGAAUGACAAAUUCACACAUGAAUGUCUGUGAAAGUUUGUUCUUUUUGGAAAUAGGAUUUACUGCCACACGCGUUGAUUCCCACUAGUUGUUUCCCACAUAAUGUUUCAUUAACCACUUGAAAUCUUGUAAGUCUUAUAAUGAAGUUUUAACCUCGGAUUCUCUUCAUAUUGUUGAUUUUUUUUUUUUUUCAUCAGCAUGUUCCACACUUUGUAUUCCUGUGUUGUUAUUUUCAAUUAGUCUCCACCUGCGUACAACGUGUACUUCAGGAUGCCAAUAACGUUCCUCAGGGAAAGGAAAGCAACUUGUUCUGGGGUUUCUGUUCAGAAUGUACGGAAAGUGAGUGAUAAGUAAGAACUAGCUGUUAUGGGAACAUGAGUAAUUACAUGUUAAAUAGAUAUCAAAGUCUUCUGCCCUUUAGCAGCUUUCAGUUGCUGCUGCAAUACAACCAUGAAAUUGGAAAAAAAAAUGCAACAACUUGAGUACAAACUCAUUCGACAAAUGAUUUUCUCAUAUGUUUAUUGCACUUGUGGACUUUGUGGUGACAUGUAUUGUGCAGCACUUGUUCUUCACAACCUGAUCUUGAACAGUAAAGUGAUCUCAGGCCUGUAUAGAAUAAAUGUGAAUGUGCAGCCAGCAGCAGCAGCAGCAGCGUAGCUUGGUAAUAAGGACGUUCAUCACUCGGCUCUGACCUGAGAGACACCGGCCCAUCACAAACUCACGCUUCUGCAUCUGGAGAGAUUUUAACCCAGACGAACUGGGUGCUUCCUUUUCCACCCAUAUUGACCUGAGAGUUCCAUUCCACAGUAAGCAAUCGGGAGGGAAACCAUUUCUCUUAAGCGAUCACUUCUCUUUAUCGCACGGCGCUGAAUCCAUCGCUGCAUCGACAAUCACUGUUGGAGUUUAGAUUCACUGCAGAAUCAAAUUGUAUUCUAGUGUCUGUGGCAUGAAAUCUAAUAAAGGCUUUUACAUGA